CAGGUAUAUCGUUUCAUGGAAGUUGCCGGCUGGUGCUGUUUGACGCCCGAGGUCUCACGGUCGUUGCAUAUUUCGUGGUUUCGGAGCCUCUCCACCUGACCGUUUCUGUUCUUAUUCUUAGGACCUCGGCUGCUUCAUAAUCAUGGUACUAUUAGCGGCUGCCGUCACAACCCGGUCCGGGAAAGCCAUCCUUUCCCGACAGUUUAUUGAAAUGCAGAAGGCAAGGAUUGAGGGACUUCUUGCUGCUUUUCCGAAGCUGAUGUCGGCGGGAAAACAGCAUACUUUUGUCGAAACAGACUCCGUCAGAUAUGUGUAUCAACCCCUGGACCAGCUGUAUGUGCUGCUCAUCACCACCAAAGCAUCUAACAUUUUGGAGGACCUCGACACACUUCGCCUCUUCACCCGUGUCGUGCCAGAGUACUGCAAUGCCAUGACGGAGGCAGAUGUCUUUGACAAUGCGUUCAACCUCAUCUUCGCUUUCGACGAGAUCGUGGCACUCGGUUACAAGGAGUCGGUGAACCUUUCACAGGUGCGCACGUUUGUGGAAAUGGACUCGCACGAGGAGAAGGUGUACCAGGCAGUGCGGCAGACGCAGGAGCGGGAGGCCAAGCAGAAGAUGAGGGAGAAGGCCAAGGAGCUGCAGCGCCAGAAGUACGAGGCCCAGAAGCGCGGCGUCAGCUCGAUGCCGUAUGGCGGCAUGGGCGGCGGCAGCGGUGGUGGAGGUGGAGGAGGAGGCAGCAUCAACGUUAUGCCACAGGUCGGCGACACGGCCAGCACGUACGCCGAGCCGCGGCGGCCGGCGGCGGCGCCUCGGCCGGCCGGCCCCAGCCGCGCGCUCAAGCUGGGCAAGAAGAGCCGGGACGCUGACUCGUUCGUCGACCAGCUUAAGUCGGAGGGCGAGCAGGUGGCGCCCCGCGCGCCGGCCGGCGGCAGCGCGGCGCGCGCCGCGCCCGCCGUCCCCGUCAGCAGCGAGCCGGUGGCGCUGCUCGUCUCAGAGAAGCUGACGCUGGUGGCGACGCGCGACGGUGGCCUGCAGAACCUCGAGUUGCACGGCCAGAUGACGCUGCGCAUUACGGACGAGUCGUUGGCGCGCCUCCAGGUGCAGCUCGUCAACAACGACAGCCGCGGCAUGCAGACGCAGACGCACCCGCAGGUGGACAAGGAGGCCUUCCGCUCCCAGGCGCUGAUUCGGCUCAAGAACGCGCAGAAGCCGUUCCCGGUCAACACAGACGUGGGCGUGCUCAGAUGGCGUUACCAGACCACGGACGAGAGCGCCAUCCCGCUGAGCAUCAACUGCUGGCCGUCCGAGAACGGCAGCAACGGCUGCGACGUCAACAUCGAGUACUCGCUCGAGGACAAAUCGAUGGAGCUCAGCGACGUCGUCAUAUCGGUGCCGCUGGUGCGCGGCACGGGUGACCCGGUGGUGGCGGAGUGUGACGGCUCCUACACGCACGACACGCGGCGGCCUGCGCUUCUGUGGAACGUGCCACUCGUGGAUGCUGACAACGCGGCCGGCUCCAUGGAAUUCAGCGCUGGUGGCACGCCAGGUGACUUUUUCCCCGUGACGGUGACCUUCAGCAGCCAGAGGUCAAUGGCCGCCAUCCAGGUCACAGGGGUCACGGCCGUCGACUCGUCUGAGCCCAUCAAACACUCGGUCACCAUCUCCUUCUUCCCGGAGAAGUACGAGAUCGUCUGAGCGCUGCGUUGCUGGCAGCCUGUGGCGUGACGUCACGACCGUGCGUGACGUCACGACUUGGAGGUGGCGAUCACACCGUGGUUCUGUACGAAACCGUCAAAGCGGUCUGGAGAGACCAUCACGCCACCGUGGGUGACCCAUCCGAGCUCUCUGCGGGGAGCCGGUGCGAGGACGGAGCGAGCGGACUGGGUGACGUCACGGCGUGCUGAGCCGCCGGUUGGUCGGUGGGAGGAGCGUGCCCGCGGAGGCGGUACAAGCACCUGUGGAGCGCAGGCGGGCGGUUAGGACUAUUCGGGGGGGGGGGGGGGGGUGGUUGCCAUCGCUUUUUGUUGGUGCACAGCUGUGGUACGUUGACGAAUUCCGUGGUUUAUUAUUACGGUAAUAUAUGACAUGCUAUCAUGGACGCUUCUUCAUGGCGACGACCGUGCAGGGAAAAGGAAUUGAACGCAGAUUGUGGAUCCACAUUCCUUGGAAAUAAAAGAUGUUCAUAAAUGC